UGUGGUUUGACUUCUACUGCUCCAAGUCGAGAUGUUUGGCUUUCACAAGCCGAAGAUGUACCGCAGCCUUGAUGGAUGCUGCAUCUGCAGGGCAAAAUCCUCCAGCUCUCGCUUCACCGACAGCAAACGCUAUGAGAGAGACUUUCAGAGCUGCUUUGGUUUAAGCGAGACUCGCUCUGGUGAAAUCUGCAACGCUUGUGUCCUGCUGGUGAAACGCUGGAAGAAGCUGCCUGUCGGAUCCAAGAAGAACUGGAAUCACGUGGUUGAUGCUCGAGGGGGACCCAGUCUGAAAACAACAGUGAAGUCAAAGAAAGUCAAAUCCCUGUCCAGACGGAUCCGACCGAGCCAGAUCAGCAGAGUUCAGAAAGAACUCAAGAGACACAAUUCAGACGCUCACAGCACCACCUCCAGUGCAAGCCCCGCCCAGUCACCCAGCUACAGUAACCAAUCGGAUGAAGGCUCUGACUCUGAGUUGACUCCCGGCUCUGCCCGCUCUCCAGUCUUCUCAUUUCUAGACCUCACAUACUGGAAGAGGCAGCGGGUGUGUUGCGGCAUCAUCUACAAAGGUCGUUUCGGGGAGGUUCUGAUCGACCCGCAUCUCUACAAACCCUGCUGCCAGAAAAAACAAGAGCAGGAGCAAGAGGAAGAAGAAGAAGAGGAGGAGGAGGACGAGGAUGAUGGAGAACUGGAGAAAGAGGAAGUGCCGAGCAGUCAGGAAAUCCAGCCGCCACAAAUCAAAAUAGAGCAGGAAGUGGACGAGGAGUGGUGAUGCCGCCUUGUUAGGGUACUGACUUGGCAUUCUUAGGAAGCCUUGGAGAGUCCGACACUCUCAAAGACGUUCUCUCAGAUUGCCUUUCAAUUCAAGAGCAGCUGGAUCUUUUUCUCUCCG